AUGAAACCAACAAAAGACACCAAAAAUGACGACUCUAGCGAUGACUCUAAAGAGAACACCAAAAAAAGGACAACGAAGCUAACUAACGCACAAUACCGAAAUGCAGACACCAAGACAACAACUCCAACCAAAAACGAUGAUAUAUCAAAAGCUGUUACAACUCCAAAAGCAAUGAAAAACAUAAGUAACAAAAUAUUGAAUGGCAUGAAAGACAUCAAAAGGACAAACCAAAGCAUUGAUUCCAGAAUUGGCAACUCCAAAGACAAUAGCGAAAAAGGUACCAGGAAUGAUACCAAAGUUACAGCAACUCCAAAAGCGAUGAAAAUUACUGAGACAGCAAUACACUAA